CCCUCGCUUCGGCCUAGCUCCCGACGCUUUAGUCUUUUUCUCGAGAGCAGCUCGUACUUCUUUUUUUUCCUCCUCGUAAGCUGUGAGGGAGAGGCUUCCACAUCCUUCGUCUCUCCCUUUGGCCGUAGGAACCCCAUUAUUUGGAUUUUUUCUUUUCCCCGAACUCUUUGAGUGCAACCCAGCCCCCCUCCCCCUCCCCUCGGUCUCCAUUGGCCUGGUUCUGCCUUCUCCUAGGGCGCAUGUGGCUGGCCCUCAGUAAAUGUUAGUCCUUCUUUUUUGCCUUGCGGCCAGAGGAGGCAUAGUCCAAAUUUAUCUGCUGCGGGAACAUUUGUGCGCCCACUUUUAUUUCAGUCUCUUGGGGUGGAGGUGAAGCCGAUAUGCAUUCCAGUGGUAAUUGGCGUGUGUUCUGCUUGUAGAAGGCAAUUUUCUUUGCCUCCCUUAGCACUUCAGCAACUUUUAUCAGCUAUUCUCAUUGCUUUUCUAAAUCUUAGGGGUGGAGCUUGGCAGAAGCUGGCGAGUAGCGCUGGUGCCCAGAAGUUCGAAGCCAUCAAUGGUAGUAGGGUGUUUACGGAGGGAUUGUUGGGUUGAAGGAGAAGCCUCAGUAUGGUAGAGCCUGGCGGGCGAGAGCCAACGAAGCUUCUGGUGGCAGCGUAACAGAUGGACUCUGGAGCCAGCUUUCGUGGGUUCAAAUUUUGGUUCUGUUAGCUUUUUAUUUUAGGUCAAGGGGCUUCCCUUCCAGGUGCCUCAGUUUCCUUAUCUGCAAAAUAGCGAAUAGUAUCCUGACUUUGUAAAUUGGAGAAGCCAGUGACACUGCCAGUGUUCUUUUCAGGUAGUGUCUUUGGGAUCCGGUGCAAGUCGAAUCAUUGUUUAAAUAAGGUGUAAUUAAAAAGUGACCCUCUCUUCAGAGAUGUCAAAAACAAACAAGUCCAAGUCUGGAUCUCGCUCUUCUCGCUCAAGAUCUGCAUCAAGAUCUCGUUCUCGUUCAUUUUCGAAGUCUCGGUCCAGAAGUCGAUCUGUUUCUCGUUCAAGGAAGCGCAGGCUGAGUUCUAGGUCUCGUUCCAGAUCAUAUUCUCCAGCUCAUAACAGAGAGAGAAAUCACCCAAGAGUAUAUCAGAAUCGGGAUUUCCGAGGUCACAACAGAGGCUAUAGAAGGCCCUAUUAUUUCCGUGGGCGCAACAGAGGCUUUUAUCCGUGGGGCCAGUAUAACCGAGGAGGCUAUGGAAACUACCGCUCGAAUUGGCAGAAUUACCGGCAAGCAUACAGUCCUCGUCGGGGCCGUUCCCGAUCCCGGUCCCCAAAGAGAAGGUCCCCUUCACCGAGGUCCAGGAGCCAUUCUAGAAACUCCGAUAAGUCUUCCUCUGACAGGUCGAGGCGCUCCUCAUCGUCUCGUUCUUCCUCCAACCACAGCCGAGUUGAAUCUUCUAAGCGCAAGUCUGCAAAGGAGAAAAAGUCCUCUUCCAAGGAUAGCCGGCCGUCUCAGGCUGCUGGGGAUAACCAAGGAGAUGAGGCCAAGGAGCAGACGUUCUCUGGAGGCACCUCUCAAGACACAAAAGCAUCUGACAGCUCGAAACCGUGGCCAGAUGCCACCACAUACACUGCUGGUUCUGCGUCACGGGCCUCUGCAGUUUCUGAGUUGAGUCCCCGGGAGCGAAGCCCUGCUCUCAAAAGCCCGCUUCAGUCUGUGGUGGUGAGGCGGCGCUCACCCCGUCCUAGCCCUGUGCCAAAACCUAGCCCUCCACUUUCCAGCACAUCCCAGAUGGGCUCAACUCUGCAGAGUGGUGCUGGGUACCAGGCUGGGACACACCAAGGUCCAUUCGAUCAUGGCUCUGGGUCCUUGAGUCCAUCCAAAAAGAGCCCUGUGGGUAAGAGUCCACCGGCCACUGGCUCCACGUAUGGCUCGUCUCAAAAGGAGGAGGCUGCUGCUCCAGGAGGAGCAGCCUAUACCAAGAGGUACCUAGAAGAGCAGAAGACCGAGAACGGAAAAGAUAAGGAACAGAAACAAACAAACACUGAUAAAGAGAAAAUGAAAGAAAAAGGGAGCUUCUCUGACACGGGCUUGGGUGAUGCGAAAAUGAAAUCUGAUCCAUUUGCUCCCAAAACUGAUGCCGAAAAGUCUUUUCGGGGUAGCCAGUCUCCCAAAAGGUAUAAGCUUCGAGAUGACUUUGAGAAGAAGAUGGCUGACUUCCAUAAGGAGGACAUGGAUGGUCAAGAUAAAGACAAAGCAAAGGGAAGGAAGGAAUCAGAGUUUGAUGAUGAACCCAAAUUUAUGUCGAAAGUUAUAGCAGGUGCAAACAAAAACCAGGAGGAGGAGAAGUCCGGCAAAUGGGAGGGCCUGGUGUAUGCGCCUCCAGGGAAGGAAAAGCAGAGGAAAACCGAGGAGCUGGAGGAGGAAUCUUUCUCAGAGAGAUCCAAAAAGGAGGAUCGGGGAGGGCCCAAGAGAACCGAAAGUGGGCACCGGGGGUUUGUGCCUGAAAAGAAUUUCCGAGUGACCGCUUACAAAGCAGUCCAGGAGAAAAGCUCUUCACCUCCCCCGAGAAAGACCUCUGAGAGCCGAGAGAAGCUAGGAGCCAAAGGAGACUUUUCCUCAGGGAAGUCUUCCUUUUCUAUUACUCGAGAGGCCCAGGUCAAUGUCCGGAUGGACUCUUUUGAUGAGGACCUUGCCAGACCCAGUGGCUUAUUGGCUCAGGAACGCAAGCUCUGUCGGGAUCUAGUCCAUAGCAACAAAAAGGAACAGGAAUUUCGUUCCAUUUUCCAGCACAUACAGUCAGCUCAGUCUCAGCGGAGCCCCUCUGAACUGUUUGCCCAGCAUAUAGUGACCAUUGUUCACCAUGUUAAAGAGCAUCACUUUGGGUCCUCAGGAAUGACAUUGCAUGAGCGCUUUACUAAAUACCUAAAGAGAGGAACUGAGCAGGAGGCGGCUAAAAACAAGAAAAGCCCAGAGAUACACAGGAGGAUAGACAUUUCUCCCAGUACAUUCAGAAAACAUGGUUUGGCUCAUGACGAAAUGAAAAGCCCACGGGAACCUGGCUACAAGACUGAGGGAAAAUACAAAGAUGAUCCUGUUGAUCUGCGCCUUGAUAUUGAACGUCGUAAAAAACAUAAGGAGAGAGAUCUUAAACGAGGUAAAUCAAGAGAAUCAGUGGAUUCCCGAGACUCAAGCCACUCGAGGGAAAGAUCAGCUGAGAAAACAGAGAAAACUCAUAAAGGAUCAAAGAAGCAGAAGAAGCACCGGAGAGCACGAGACCGGUCCAGGUCAUCCUCCUCUUCCUCCCAGUCAUCCCACUCCUACAAAGCGGAAGAGUACACUGAAGAGACGGAGGAGAGGGAAGAGAGCACCACAGGCUUUGACAAGUCCAGACUGGGGACCAAAGACUUCGUGGGUCCAAGUGAAAGAGGAGGCAGAGCUCGAGGGACCUUUCAAUUUCGAGCCAGAGGGAGAGGCUGGGGCAGAGGCAACUACUCUGGUAACAACAACAAUAACAGCAACAACGAUUUUCAAAAGAGAACCCGGGAGGAGGAGUGGGACCCCGAGUACACACCCAAAAGCAAGAAGUAUUACUUGCAUGAUGACCGUGAAGGCGAAGGCAGUGACAAGUGGGUGAGCCGGGGUCGGGGCCGAGGAGCCUUCCCCCGGGGUCGAGGCCGGUUCAUGUUCCGGAAAUCCAGCACCAGCCCCAAAUGGGCCCAUGACAAGUUCAGUGGGGAGGAAGGGGAGAUUGAAGACGACGAGAGUGGGACAGAGAACCGAGAAGAGAAGGACAAUUUACAGCCCACAACUGAGUAGGGGCCACUCUGAUGGGAGCCCCUGCCCAGGGGAGAGAGGGCGCUGGGAAGAUGGCUGGUGAGGAGCGAAACAGAGAAGCCUCAAGAUUGCGAAAAUCCCACCCCCCUCACCCCCCAGCCACGCAGAAUCCUAUCACCGCCGAAAGCAUCCCUGGCGCCAAGUCCCACUGGACAGGCGGCCGGCUGAGGGGCCUGGGGGGUUGGGCCCAGCUCUGGAGCAGAACACAACACAUUGGGCUUUAGCUGUGUUUCUCAUUUGUUGUUGGUGUGCGGGGUGGGGGCUGGGGUAGGGAGGGGAGAGCGAUACCUGGAUUUUGGUUUGUUCCCUAUUAGAAACCAACAGUUUUGUUCUUAAUUUCAUUUGGAGCUAAGAGGACUAAUUUGAUUUUCAAUCUCUUCUCCCUUAUCCUGAUUUUAAAAGCCCUUCUUCUUCCUUUUUUUUUUUUUUUUUUUUUUUUUUUAAGGCAUAUGUAGUAACCAUAGCAGAAAGAUUUAAUUUGGGCAACUUUGAUUCUUCAAAGAGAAAACAAAGCAUGUGAAUAAACUUUGAAGUGUUCACCUCAGUUUGGGACCAAACUGCUUGGAUCUUUGUAAAAAUCGGUUUUGUAUGUCGAGGAGGAGUUCAAGGCCUUUCUGACCACCUUGUGUUCCCCUUUUCUGCACAGCCAUGUAUCCGAUGGUGUGCUGCUAACCAUACCCCACGUCCCCCCCACACCCCAAUAUUUUCUGAUUUCUUCUGGGCUGGGCAUCCCAUUCUCCACCAGCAGCUCCAGUAUCCCAAACUUUGUAGUCCUGCUGAUCCUCUCAGCAACAGGGGUGGAAACUGGACGGCAGUUUCUGGUCUGUUUUCUAAGAAACUUCUGAAUUCUAUUAUCUUUACAAAUAUAAGAUGAGAAAAUAAUUUUUUCAAUAUUUUUUAUUAAUCUUUUUAUAAAAUGAAAAGAAACUCCUAUGAUCGAUUAAGGAAGGUGGUUAUGGCUGGGUGGUUUGUGGGGGUUUGUUUUUUCUUUUCCUUUUCCUUUUUUUUUUUUUUUUUUUUUUUUUUAACCUUAAGCUUUAAGUUGAAACAUUCUUGGAUGUUUGGGGGGAAAACAUCCUCUUAAAAUGGGUCCUUGUGCUUGCCUUCUGGGGAGGCGGUCCUGAGCAGGUGAAUCAUAUGGCAUUUAUGCAUAUGUUAUAUGCGGACUGCACCCACCUCUUCCCCCCACCCCCAACCUUUGCCUCUUGGGUUGUUGUGCUUCUUUCCCCUUACUUUGCUACAUUUCUAUAGUUAAGUUGGUUUUACUUGAAUGAUUCAUGUUUAGGGGGAAAAAAUGAAAACACCCUUCAAAUUUGUUUCAACUCCUCCUGCAAAUAAAUAAAUAAAUGAAGAAGGCAGAUGUAAA